UCGACCUAGAAGUUAAACCAACUUAGCUUGGCAUCGAUCAAAUUCAAUCGCCCAUUGAAUUUGAUACGAUCGGUCGCGUCUUCACCUCUCCUCCUCCACGUCCGCCAGGAUUAAGCGCACGCACCAGCAAAGGAUUACCCAAUACAACUGCCGCUCGUAGCAGUCCGAAAGUGUACACCAUGAGAAGUGCACUGUUCGUCGUGGCGCUUUGCGCUGUGGCACUGGCCACCGCAUCGGCCGACACCCAUGAGCGUAAAACUCGUGCCGCCGAGGGUUACUUCUACCCGCAGCCCAAUGUGCCGUUCGAGCUGCCGCCUCGCACCACCUCCCCACCACCCACCAGGCCGCCCACUCGGCCACCCACUCCUCCCCCGACCAGGCCACCCACUCGUCCACCGACGAGGCCACCACCCACUUACUUGGCGCCCACCAACAAGCCUCUGCCGCCGGUGACCACCCGUGCUCCACCACCACCGCCGCCACCGAGGACCCCUCCUCCAACUAGGCCACCAACCAGGCCACCAACCACCCGUCCCCCGGCAACCUAUCUGCCACCCACCAACAAGCCACUGCCGCCAGUGACCACUCGUCGCCCGACGCCUCCUCCGCCACCAAGGACCACCGUUCGUCCUACCACUCCGGCUCCCACCUACCUGCCACCCACCAACAAGCCUCUGCCGCCAGUGACCACCCGUGCUCCACCACCACCACCGCCGCCAAGGACUCCUGCCCCAACCAGGCCACCAACUCGGCCACCAACCACCCGUCCCCCGGCAACCUAUCUGCCACCCACCAACAAGCCACUGCCGCCAGUGACCACCCGUCGCCCAACGCCGCCACCCACCAGGCCACCAACCCGCGCUUCGACUCCGGCUCCUACCUACCUGCCGCCCACGAACAAGCCUCUGCCUCCAGUGACCACCCGUGCUCCAGUGCGCACCACCCAGCCACCAACCAGGCCACCAACUCGUCCACCAACCAGGCCGCCAACCACCUAUCUGCCACCCCCGACUGUGCGCACCACACAGCCCACUAGGCCACCAACUCGUCCUCCUACCAGGCCACCAACCACCUACCUGCCACCCCCAACUGUGCGCACCACGCGUCCUCCUCCACCACCCACUCGCCCCCCGACUGCACCACCAACCACUCGUAGGUUGACCACCCCGGCUCCUACCUACCUGCCGCCCACCAACAAGCCUCUGCCACCAGUGACCACCCGUGCCACGACCAAGGCUCCACUGCGCACCACCCAGCCUCCUACCAGGCCACCAACCAGGCCACCAACCCAGCCACCAACUCGCCCACCAACUCGCCCACCCACUCGUCCACCAACCACAUACCUGCCUCCCGUAACCGUUCGCACCACUCGUCCUCCUCCACCACCCACCCGUCCUCCCACCCGUCCCCCAACCCGUCCCCCAACCCGUGCAUCCACUCCUGCUCCCACAUACCUGCCACCCACUAACAAGCCCCUGCCGCCAGUGACCACCCGUGCCACGACCAAGGCUCCACUGCGCACCACUCAGCCUCCUACCAGGCCACCAACCCGCCCACCCACUGCUCCUCCCACCAAGCCACCCACCCGUCCCCCAACCCGCCCACCAACUCCUCCUCCCACUUACCUGCCACCCGUGACGGUGCGUACUACUCGUCCUCCGCCACCACCCACCAAGCCACCAACCCGUCCCCCCACCAGGGCUACCCAGCCACCCACUAGGCCACCAACCAAGCCUCCCACCAGGCCACCAACCCGUCCCUCGACUCCGGCUCCCACUUAUCUGCCACCCACCAACAAGCCCCUGCCGCCAGUGACCACUCGUGCCACGACCCGUGCUCCAGUGCGCACCACCCAGCCUCCUACCAGGCCACCAACCAGGCCACCAACUCGUCCUCCCACCACCUAUCUGCCACCCCCUGUGCGCACCACCCAGCCCACUAGGCCACCAACUCGUCCUCCUACCAGGCCACCAACCACCUACCUGCCACCCCCAACUGUGCGCACCACGCGUCCUCCUCCACCACCCACUCGCCCCCCGACCGCACCACCAACCACCCGUAGGUUGACCACCCCGGCUCCUACCUACCUGCCGCCCACCAACAAGCCCCUGCCUCCGGUGACCACCCGUGCCACCACCAGGGCUCCAGUGCGCACCACCCAGCCUCCUACCAGGCCACCAACCCGCCCUCCCACUCGUCCACCAACCACAUACCUGCCACCCCCGACUGUGCGCACCACGCGUCCUCCUCCACCACCAACUCGCCCACCCACUCGUCCCCCAACCCGUCCUCCUCCUCCCCCACCCACGUACCUGCCCCCGGUCACCACCCGUGCCACCCGCCCGCCACCACCACCCACCGUGAGGACCACUCCUUAUGUGCCACGUCCCACUGUGAGGACGACACAGUAUGUGCCACCGGUGACCGUGAGGACCACGCCCUACGUGCCCCAGACCACCAAGCACCAGGGCUACCAGUACCCACCCCCCAGCAUCCCCUUCGAGUUCUAGGGCGAUGAGGUGCUCCCCCACUCCUCCGUCACCGUCUAGCAGCGCAGUAGCAGGCACUUGUCCAGGGCUAGAUUGGUCUAGUCAUACUCGUACAGUCUAAUGUCACACGAUCACGAUUCCGGAAGGACGACACCUGUUUGUUUUUAUUUUAUUUUUGUAAUGUAAUUAAUGCCCACACAGCCAGGGCUCACUGUCCAUGGGUCCAUUAAGGGCAGUACCAGUACCAGUACCAGUACAGUACAGUCUCUAUCCAACUCUUGCUAUGUUCUAUGUUACCACGCUACACGAUCGAUGGGCCCCGUCGCCUGUGACGGGCGCCAGCUCAAGACUAUAUAGCUCUAUAUUACGAUUAAAUAAACCCUUUAUUCGGAUCGCUGA